AUGAGCAACGGUCCAGAACAGCAGCAGCAAGAAGCUCUAGAAUUUCAAGAGACUGAAGACACAGCACCUCGCACAACACAAAUGAAUUCUAACGAUAAUAUUGAAUUCGCCGUUUUUUAUGAGUACAAGGACAGGCUUGCUGAUAAUCUGGUCUUCUCACUUUCAGAUCUAGCAUUACGAGCAGCAGGGAAAAAAUUGAUAGCUAGUGCAGCCGCAGUAUCAGCUGACAAAGUGGGGAAGACUACCACACAGAAAGAAAGAGCAACUUUUCUGAUAGGUAUGGUAAUGAAUAAGAUGGAUAGGAAUUUGCAAGAAGCUGCUUACGUUAUGCAAAAAUUUCUUGAAAGCAUUGAUAAACAUGCACAACUCCAUAAAUUCCUCAGUAAAAAAUACGAGGAGAUUAGAAAUCAGAUGACACAGCCUGAAAAGGAAAUCCUCAAAAGUUUGCAGGCACAAAUUGCCUUAAACUUGGAAUUUGAUUUAAACUCUGUCGCUGGAAAACUGCUGAAAUCUGGUAUCAUUACGCCUGCACAACACAAAGUCUUAAUCAACCCUGCAGCUAGAUUCGAAGAUCUAGCUAUCGAUAAAGUACUGGAUGAGAUUGGUGCAUUAAUCAAAACAGAAAAAAGAAAUUUUCAAGUCUUUGUUGAUGAUGUUCUUGAAGAGAUCGGAGGACCUGCAGAAACACUUGCGGAGAAAAUGAGGGUAUCACUGGGCGACAACCUUAGUCAGGCACCACCUUACCCUAGUCCGGCACCAUCUUACUCUAGUCUGGCACCAUCUUACUCUAGUCUGGCACCAUCUUACUCUAGUCUGGCACCAUCUUACUCUAGUCCGGCACCAUCUUACUCUGGUCAGCCACCACCUCACCCUAGUUCGGUAACACCUGACUCUGACUCUGAUGAGAGUGAGUCUAUUGAUAUUAACUAAAAUGAAGAAACUUUAAGCCAGAUACUAAAAUGUUUAGAAAUUUCUUUAAAUAAUAAGAUGUUGUGUUAUUAUUGUGCUAUUAUUUCUUUUUUUGACAAUGUUGAAACUAAUGAUUCUUUCUAAUUUUCUAAUUAUUAUUUUUUACAUUUAAAGAAAUGAAUGCAAUGCCAUUCCUAAUACUA